UUUUCACCAUCUUCCCUUCUCUCUCUGUUUGAGCUUCCAUUAAAGAAAGAAAAAAAAAUGGGGCUUGGCGUAGCUAAAGCUCUUGUUCUGCUGCAGGUUUCACUAUUAUGCUUCACUGCUUUUAGCGAUGAAGAGGUAGAAGCUGUGUCGCCUAUCCCAGCUUUGCCACCGAAUCACCACCAUCACCAUCACCACAACCAUGUUCACCCACCGAGUCAUGCCCCUGUUGUCUCUCCCAUGCAUGCUCCAGCUCAUGCACCCGUUCACCCACCAAAGCCGCACCCACACCCACACCCAUCGGUUCAGCCUCCCAUGCACUCUCCAAAACCACACCUACCGGUUAAACCACCAGUUCACCCUCCCGUACACUCUGCACCACCAAAGCCAUUACCACAUCCACACCCACACCCACCAGUUAAACCACCAGCUGAGGCACCGAUCUACCACUUCGAAAGAAGCUUUGUUUCCGUGCAAGGGGUUGUUUAUUGCAAGUCAUGCAAAUAUUCUGGAGUUGAAACUCUCUUGGGAGCUUCACCACUUUCUGGUGCAACAGUAAAACUGCAGUGCAAUAAUACAAAAUACCCACUAGAAGCCAAGGCUACAACGGACAAAAAUGGUUACUUCUUCCUUGAAGCACCAAAGAGUAUCACCAACUUCGGGGCCCACAAAUGCAAGGUGUCAUUAGUCUCUGCACCAAACACCGCUUGCAGCAAGCCAACCGACCUCCACGGCGGAGUUAGUGGUGGCUUGUUGAGGCCGGAGAAGAAAUAUAUUUCAAAUAAGCUUCCGUUUGUUCUGUUUACAGUUGGACCAUUUGCCUUUGAACCCAAGUGCCCUCGUUAAAUUAAUGAAUAACCAAUAAUGUGUUAUGUACUCGUGAAGUUAAAUUUAUGAAUCAAUGUCCCAACAAGUCUUACUUUAAUUAUAGUGUGCUUCUUUCGGCUGUAAGUGUGUCGAUGUAUUAAUUCAUCUUUGUGGGAAAUAAAUGAUAGUAUUAGCAUCUUUAGAUCA